AUGGACGAUACAGACCUGCACAAUGCUUACCACGAUGAAGCCUCCAUGGGCGAGGACUCCAUUCUCUCGCCCCGGGGCAUCGAGCACUUCACCCGCAAGGUGACGGCCACGGCGAGCCACCUCGUCGGCCCCCUGACCGACCAGUCCCCCUCCGCCGCCAACCACUACUCCAGCGCCAUGGCCGAGGUCCACAAGCACAUGAAGCGCCCGAACCUCCAGCGCAGCAUGUUCUCCAUGGCCAAGACCACCCCGACCGACCUGGUGCGCUCCAAGUUCUCCACCUCCGAGAUCCAGAACCGCGCCCUGUCCUACCUGUCCGACGACAUGCUGCAGAACAUCCCCGAGAUCGACAACUCGUACUCGCUGUUUCAGGGCUUCCAGGCCAGCUUCCCCGAGCUGUCGGACGACGGCAAGAAGCACCGCCGGCGCGUGUCCAGGGGCCGCAAGAUGAUCGACGAUGCCCCUUCGACCCCCAACAGCCCCCAGCACCUGCACAAGCUCAAGAAGGAGAGGGCCUCGUUCAUGCACGAGCUCGAGAUGCUCGGCAUACGGAAGAACAUGGCCAGUUCCGAGAUCAGGGAGAUUGACAACAAGAUAGCCAACUUGGCAGGCAUGCGCAGGAUCAUACUGGACCGGCUGGCUGGUCUGGAACAGGAGGAGGCCCUGCUGGAACACGAUAUCGUCGACAUGGAGGGCCGGAUAGAGGACGCCCAACUGCUGGUAGACGAGGCAGAGUCGAUAGCAGCAGACACGCCCACAAGGGACGACGACGAUGACGACCUGGUGCUGGACCAGGACAACGACGAGUUCAUGUCCAAGUCCAUCUACGAAAAACUCCCCUCGGCUUCUAGUACCCCUUCCAAGUCUAAGCGCCACAAGGUGAUAAGGCGCAAAUCCAUGCCCAUCCUCCAUGAGCACUUUGAGCCUGGGACGGCCAUCCGCGAGAUCAAGGCUCACGAGGACAACAUUACCGCCAUCGACUUUGACCAUCCCUUCGGAACCAUGGUGUCUUCCGCCAUGGAUGAUUCGGUCAAGGUAUGGGAUCUCAACGCCGGCCGCUGCAUAGGUGUGCUUGAGGGGCACACAGCAUCGGUGAGAACACUGCAGGUUGAGGACAACAUUCUCGCGACCGGUGGUGUGGACGCCACCAUCAGGCUUUGGGAUCUGAGCAAGGCGCACUACGACCCACAAGGCAACCAGGACGGCGAGGAGGAGGACGGUAUGGCUUUCGAGAACCCGGAUGAUCAACCUGUCGAGCCCCCAGCAGGUACCAUGUCUGAUUGCCCAAUGUUCACCUUGGAAGCGCAUGUUGACGAGGUCACGGCUCUUCAUUUCCGAGGCGACGUUCUCGUCUCAGGCUCGGCUGACAAGACCAUUCGGCACUGGGACCUUGAGAAGGGGCGUUGUAUCCAGACGCUAGACGUCAUGUGGGCAGCAGCACAGGCUUCCGCUUCCAUGGGCUCCGCCGAGGGUGCCUGGAGACAGACUGGCCGCUCGGUUUCCGGACCUGCGGACUUUGUUGGCGCCCUGCAGGUCUUUGACUCUGCUUUGGCCUGCGGCACAGCCGACGGCAUGGUGAGACUCUGGGAUUUGCGAAGUGGCCAAGUCCAUAGGAGUCUAGUCGGGCACACUGGGCCAGUGACAUGUCUGCAAUUUGACGAUAUGCACUUGGUGACAGGCAGUCUGGAUCGAAGUAUCAGAAUUUGGGAUCUACGGACAGGCUCCAUCUUUGACGCCUACGCCUACGACAACCCCAUUACGAGCAUGAUGUUUGACAGCAGGCGCAUCGUCAGCGCCGCGCAGGAGGACGUGGUCAAGGUGUAUGAUAAGCUCGAGUCGCGGCAGUGGGACUGCGGCGCCGGCAUCACUCAGGCCGAGGAGAACAAGACCCCGGCCAUCGUCGAGCACGUGCGCAUCAAGGAGGGCUACAUGAUCGAGGGCCGCCAGGACGGCAUCGUCGGCGUCUGGACCUGCUGA